AUGUCUUCUGGAUCAUUUCCGUUUAUAAUUCCAGAAAGUUUACGACCAAAAAAAGCAUCAAACCCAUCAUCGAAAUUGUCCGUUAUCACACGGAAAUCCUAUACUCUACCAAGACGUAAAGGAUACAACGAUUUGGAUGAUCCACUUGGUCCGUCUUCAUCCUCAACAUGUCCAUCUUCACCAUUCAAGCGUUCAGUCGAUGUAAGGCUUGCAAGUGGCCGGAAUUCCGUAGCACGUGCCGCACGUGUAGUCCGAAAGAGGAUGUCAUCAACACAACAUGCCCAAAAUAUUUCACAAGAUCUGCCUUCAGCAAGUGUAAAACCAUCACUUUUUGGAAGUGUACAACUUGGGAAGCGUUUAAACGCAUCACUUCGUGGUACCUUACACAGUGGUGUCGAUAACAGAUUCACUAGCGUAAUGCGUACAGUUGAGCCAUCAAGGCCGUGGGCACGUGAACCAGCUGUUAAGGAAGAAAAUGUUCCAAAGUUGGAACGACAUACUGAUAAUACAAAAGUAGAAUCGGUGACUGAAAAAGUGUUGCUGCCAAAGGGCGCAGUCGCACGACAGUUGAAACGUAUGAUUGGACGAGUUUGUGAAACUGACUAUGAUAAAUAUCAGUUGCUAGACGAACGUGACCGUUUGAUGCAUAGAGGACGUUUGAAAAGUACCGAUGUUGAUAAUGCAACUGUUAUGCAGGAGGAGCCGCUGCCUCAUGAGCUUAGACCGGCAGAUGUCCUUCAGCGAACUAUGAAUUAUCUUGUCGGAAAAAUUGCUAACCAUGUUCCGGAAACAGAUGAGGAAUUAGCACAAUGGUAUGAUUUUCUGUGGAAUCGAACACGAGCUAUCCGAAAGGACAUAACGCAGCAAAUGAUGGUUAACGAAACUGCUGUUACUCUAAUCGAACAAUGUGUCAGACUGCAUAUCUUUGCAUCCCAUCGUCUUUGUGAAUUGAAUUUCAAUGAAUUCGAUCAAAAAAUGAAUACGGAGAAUUUGUCUAAAAGCUUGCAAAGCUUACGUUAUUUGUAUGAUGAUUUGGCGAAGAAAGGAGUCCAUUAUUCCAGUGAAGCAGAAUUUCGUGCUUACGAAAUUAUGCUUAAUCUCUCGGAUUCCAAUGUAUUUCGACAAGCAUUGACAUAUCGUAGAGAAAUUCUAGAAGCAGGUUCAGUCCGAUUAGCAAUUCGUCUAUUUACAUGCUUACAGAACCAAAAUUAUGUUCGCUUUUUCCGAUUGCUGAAGAAUGAUGCCACUUAUUUGCAGUGUUGUCUUUGUCACCGAUUUUUCAAUCGUAUGCGUCAUCAGGCAAUGUAUGCUAUAUCACACUCAAUAUUCAUAAUGGGAAAGUAUCCAGUGAACAAAUUUGUCCAGCUGUUGGGAUUUGACGACCGUGACGCAUCACUACAGUUUUUGGGUUGCUACAAUGUUCGUCGCAAUAAUGAUAUGGAUACUGGCGAAGAGUUGAUGCAUAUGUCAAAAGCUCAAUUAAUUGAAUCAAUUGAAGAACCUCCAUCGAAAAUUCAUUUAUGGAUUGAGGCGAAACGUGAUGGAUAUUCAAUUCCAGAAGUAUUAAGUGGUUGUCAAGAUGUUGAAGUUGAAAUUGUUACUCCAUUGAAUUCGUUCGACAGAAAUGGUACGUACCUGUUUGAUGUCGUUCUCGAUAACUAUAUUAACGAGAAUGGAGGGGAACAAUUAACGACGGAUGAAGAUGAGACUGUAACUUUCGCAUUUACGUUGCCACAAAAAGAAAAUAAUGCAAUCAGUGUACUGGCGGAGAAGCUAUCAGAUGAGAUCAUAGAAGGAGAAGUUACGAGGUUAUGCAAGCUAGUGUAUAGUAAAUCAUUAGCUCAUUUGCUGACUACUGUAUUAUACGAUAGUAUCUUGGAGGAUUGUUUGAAGCCAUGCUGUCAGGAAGUUAUGAUCGUUGCUAAAUUAUUGCAUCGUCGUAAAUUAGCUGCUGAUGUUGCGAAACAAAGAGAGGAUGAAAUUCGGUUAUUGCUUGAUUCCCUGAACAAAUCAAUCUUGGAUGAAGUUAUUGAUACAUUUAUUCAGGAUAUCAGUAAGAAAUGGAUAAUAAAGUGUCAGCGAGUACAUAACGAAGAACUCAUAGAGGAUAUUGGAAAAAGCUUCCUGAACGAUUUGUUAGCAGGGGUGUUAAUCAAAACAGUCAGGAAAAUAGCAGAAAAAGAAAUAGAAGAAGGUGUGAACUACGUCAAGCAACGUUUGAAGGAUAUAAAUGAACGACUGGAUAAAUUAUGGCUGAAGCAAUUUGUAAAUCGUUGGCGAGAACAAAUAGCUUACAGAAAAGAACAGGAGCGGAAGAAGCUGGAAUUAUUAGGGUCAUUCCCUGUCAUAUUACCAGCUAAAUCUGGGUUAAUUUUUCGUCGAAGAGACGGCUAUUCGUUAGAUGAGGCAUUACAGCUCGAUUGCAGUUCUCUGCUUUUUGAGCAGAAAAUAAACGCUUUUAUUAAAAAAAGACAUGGAAGAAUAGCACGAAAAGUACUAAUGAAAUGGCGUUUAUGGACUCAUUUACAAAUUGAAAAGCGGGAGUUUUUCACUAGUACAUACACAAGUUCACCAUUGAAACGGAAAAGGCUGCAUUCUAACAAUAAUAAUAUUAUUGCAAAAGAAAAUGAUGACAUUCGUUUAGCUGCAGCACUUGCUGAUAUGGAAUGCGAACGAUUGAAACCGUUUUGGGCAACGAAUCAAAUUCGCAAUGAUUUGGAGGAUAAGCGCCAAGUAUCUUGGUAUGAAUCAUUAGCUCAACGUUCAUCAUUAUUGCUGAAUUUUUUCGAUGAACAAACACUUGAAAAAGGAGUAGAAAUAGCGGAACGAAAUAUUCAACGUACUGAUUGCACAGAGAGAUGGAUGACGAAUAAGAACAAUCUUGAAUGCAAUGAAAGUUUAAAUAGUCUAACGUACAAUCCAAGUCAACAACAGUAUUAUAAGAAGAAUAACGAGUUCAGCGUGCAAAAUGAGGGAUAUUAUCUUCCAGCAAAAAGAGAAUGCAAAAAUUUGGAAAACUUGGAGAAGCGACUGAAAGAUUUCAAUAAUGAUCUGGACGAUGCAUUCAGGGACAUGGAAGAAAGAAAUCGACGAUACGAUGAAAUUCUUAAACGUUUAAGUGCCGAUCAAUAA